GGGCUGCCGCUGGGGUCGAAUUCGGGGCUCGGCAAGUCGGGUCUGGAGCGCGGGGGGUUUGACUGGGCCGCGGCGCGGCUGCUGGUGUUUCAGGGCAGGGGAUCGCGGCGCCUGGCGCGGGCGCGCCGGGCCCCUGUCCCAUGGCGUCCGUGCUGGAGGAUCCUAUCUUAAUUCGUCCCUUUAAAGGCCACAAAGCUGCAGUCACCGGCGUCGACUUCAGCCCGACCACCACGGCACUUGCCUCCUCAUCUUUGGAUAGGUUUCUUAUGAUAUGGAAUUUGAAGCCACAGUCCAGAGCUUUCAGAUUUGUGGGUCACGUGGAAGCUGUGACCAGUGUACAGUUUUCACCAGAUGGGCACCUCAUGGCAUCUGCUUCUCAGGAUCGGACUGUUAGACUAUGGAUUCCCUGUAUUCAUGGAGAAUCUUCAGCUCUGAAAGCCCAUACUGCACCUAUACGUAGUGUGAACUUCUCACCUGAUAGCCAGUUCCUAGUUACAGCGUCCAAUGACAAAUCAAUAAAAGUAUGGAGUGUCCACCGUCAGCGCCUUUUGUUUUCCUUAUUCCAGCACACACACUGGGUUCGCUGUGCCAAAUUUUCACCUGAUGGAAGAUUAAUAGCAUCUUGCAGUGAGGAUAAAACUGUUAAAAUCUGGGAUGCAGCAAAUAAAAUAUGCAUUGAUAGCUUUACAGACUAUGAAGGUUUUGCAAACUACGUUGAUUUCAAUCCAAGUGGUACAUGCGUAGUUUCUGCAGGUUCUAAUCAUACAGUGAAGCUCUGGGAUAUUCGAAUGAACAAGUUGCUGCAGCAUUACCGAGUUCACAGAGGAGGAGUUAAUUGUGUAUCAUUCCAUCCUUCUGGUAACUAUCUCAUCACUGCUUCUGCUGAUGGUACCCUUAAAAUUAUGGAUCUCUUAGAAGGAAGACUUAUAUAUACGCUUCAUGGACACAAGGGACCUGUGCUUUCUGUGGCCUUUUCCAAAGGUGGGGAAAAAUUUGCAUCAGGUGGAGCUGAUGCACAGGUAUUACUGUGGAAGACCAAUUUUGAUACAUUUAACUAUAAGGAAGUUCUUAAACAACAUAUUAGAAGAAUACAUACUGAUGACCCACCUCACCUUCUUGAUAUUUAUCCAAGAUCACCUCAUCCCCAUGAUGGGCAAUCUCAGUCAAUUGAAAUAGAUCCUAGCUUCGAUGUGACAGAUACACAAACGCUUGACCCACCUGUUGUAGAUAUUAGUUCCUCCGUGUAUUUCAGUUCUCCGUCAAGGACAACUGGCUCUUCAAAUGGAAUUUCCCCAUUCAAAGAUGAUAUGAGCAGUGAAGAUCUGCGGUAUCGUCCUGCUUUGUUCUCACCCACAAACUCAAGAAGGAGGCUGGAGGAUGAGGUUGAACCAGCUGUGUGUACCGUGGACAAGCGCAUAGGCAUCUCGCCAGCUCUGGGUAAUGCUUUAGAGCACAUUGUGGAGCAGCUGGAUGUUUUGACUUUAACUAUUUCAAUCCUGGAGCAGCGACUGACUUUGACCGAAGAUAAACUGAAAGAAUGCUUAGAAAAUCAACACAAAAUGUUACUUCAAGCCAGGCAAGGAGAAUAAAAAGUACAAAUGUAUUUGAUCUGUACUGCUGAAUAUGUUUCAUACGUUCUCAGGGAACUAAUAAAUGAUGAUGCCUUAUUUAAUCUCACAA